GUUUAUCAUAAUUCCACCCAAUAUGCCGAAGUAGAUGUGGAGAAAAUCAGCAGAACGAACUCCUAUAAAGAUGACUCCACAUGCAUUGAUGAUAAGCUUGCAAAACUGUGGCCGAUAACUCAUUUCCCAAUAUACUCGCUAUUCUUAGUGGAUAUUCGGCCAGUACGGCAAAAAAAAAUGUGUGCGAUACUGAUGAUGAAGGCUGCUUUGACAAAAUGCCAAUGAUAUGGAAGUAUUUUAAGAAUGCCAGUUACUUGACAGGAUAUGCGGAGGACUCGAGUGACUUGAAUCAUUUUAGCUACAUGAAGCCCGGCUUCUCCAAGAAGCCGAUGGACUACUACUUUCGCCCGUUGCUUAAGGCACUGGAGUCCGAAAUGGAUGAGUACCGAUUGCCGGAAUAUGACUUAAUGCGAUACUGUCUGGGACGCAGGAUUGCGAAUCGUUAUAUCUACGACUAUGCCCUGCAGUUCACUCAGCGUUUUGUCCACGAUCGACCCAUAUGGGGAAUGUUCUGGUCAAAUCACUUCAGUCACGAUGAUCCAUUUCUGCCGUCGGCCAUGCAGGAAAAGAUUCUGGGAGAUCUGCUCGAUAUGCAUGAGGAUGGGGCUUUCAAGGAAAUGAUAAUGAUAUUUUUCGCCGACCAUGGUGUAAGAUGGGGCAAGUUGACUUAUCUAAAGGAAGGCUAUCUUGAAGAGCGGUUGCCCAUGAUGUUUAUAUAUCUGCCCCCCUGGUUCCGUGAGACAUAUCCAUCUUAUGUGAGGGCACUGGAGCUAAAUCAGCACAGGCUUAGUUCCAACUUCGACCUCCACAAUACACUCAAACAUAUCAUAGAGAUUGGAGGUACCCCAGAUGGUCAAAAGCUACCCAAGUCCUUCGACUGCCCCACCUGCCAGUCGCUAUUCUAUCCCCUGCCGGAGAGUCGUACCUGUUCGGAGGCGGGCAUUGAGGAGCACUGGUGCACCUGCGAACCCUACAGGACUAUCACGGGACUGAGUUGGACCACUCCAAUUGCCCACAGUGUGAUCGAUCGAAUGAACGAGUAUUUCGUUCAAAAGAACCUAACAAGCCUUUGCAGCAAUCUGACCUUAAACUAUAUCGAUACGGCUGAAUUGAAAACGGGUCUGAGCAUCGAUUGGCACCAAGAAUUGAAGAAAAUGGAAACUGCAGUUUAUCGUAUUAAGUUCAUAGUGAAUCAGAAUAAUGCUGAAUUCCAAGCCACAGUGGUCUACCAUAAUUCCACCAAAUAUGCCGAAGUAGAUGUGGAGAAAAUCAGCAGAACGAACUCCUAUAAAGAUGACUCCACAUGCAUUGAUGAUAAGCUUGCAAAACUGUAUUGUAUUUGUUUCAGUGAUCUCAAAAAAGUCUCUUAA